AUGCCCCUCGCCAUCUCACACAUGGGAAUCGUCCUCGGCAUAUCCGUGAUACUGUGGUCUGGUGUAACCGCGGGGUUCGGGCUCUACCUUCAGUCUCGAUGCGCGCAGUAUCUUGACAAAGGAAGCGCUUCAUUCUUUGCGCUGUCGCAAAUCACCUAUCCCAACGCUGCUGUGAUAUUUGAUGCGGCGAUUGCGAUUAAGUGUUUCGGUGUCGGGGUCAGCUACCUCAUUAUCAUCGGGGACCUGAUGCCGGGAGUGGUUCAGGGCUUCGUUGGGGAGGCGGCGUAUGAUUUCUUGGUGGAUCGCCAUUUUUGGGUGACGGCGUUCAUGUUGAUUAUUAUUCCGCUCUCAUAUUUACGGCGGCUGGACUCCCUCAAAUAUACAAGUAUCGCGGCUCUGGUUUCAAUGGCCUAUUUGGUGAUUCUGGUCGUUUACCAUUUCAUCAUUGGGGACACAAAAGAGGGCCGGGGUCCGAUCCGUGUCAUUCGCUGGGCAGGUGCUGUUCCGACACUCAGCAGCUUCCCGGUGAUCGUAUUCGCUUUUACGUGCCAUCAGAAUAUGUUUUCUAUCCUCAACGAGAUUAGCAACAACAGCCACUUUAGAACGACAGCAGUCGUGCUCGCCAGUAUUGGAAGCUCAGCUACCACCUAUAUUCUCGUUGCUAUUACGGGUUACCUGUCAUUUGGCAACAGCGUGGGCGGAAAUAUCGUUGGCAUGUACCCGCCAGGCGUAUGGGCUACAAUUGGACGUGCCGCUAUUGUCAUACUCGUCAUGUUCUCCUACCCUCUCCAAUGCCACCCUUGCAGGGCAUCAGUCGAUGCAGUCCUGCAUUGGAGACCCAAACGCUUCACGCGUUCUCGAAGCGAAGGCUCCCCUCACCGCCACCCUCUACUUCCCGCUGGUCCCCGAGGCUCUCGAACACCAGAACCAAUGAGUGACCUUCGAUUCUCUGUAAUCACGACGUCGAUCCUCAUUCUGAGCUACAUUGUCGCGAUGAGCGUCUCCUCACUCGAAGCCGUCCUUGCCUAUGUCGGCAGUACCGGAAGCACAAGCAUCAGCUUUAUCCUCCCGGGCAUGUUCUACUACAAGAUCUCAGCUCCAGACUCAGCAGCGCACCAGCGUCUCAUGAAAGAAGACGAUGAGGCUGAAGACGGUUACAUCUCCGGUGCAAGCGAGGAAGACGGCAUUCAAUCUCGUUCACUCACUGAGAGCGGGAUUCUGCGCCGACACACGCGCAACUGGCGCAGGGCUCUACUCAGAAAACUGAGUCUAGGGCUUGCCAUCUACGGGGUCAUUGUCAUGAUUACCUGUCUUGUCACGAAUUCCGUCUUCCUUGCAUCUCAUUGA